CUCCGCUGGCAUCGAGCCCAGCUUCCAUUCCCCAACCCCUCCCACAUGACACACACUCUGUUUGGGCAACUGAGACCUUUGGUUUCCUUGGCCUUGUUCCCGAGGGUUUAUUUUCUUUUGUUUGUGAAGAAAGCCUCCCUAAACCCUUCCCUGUGAAAAAAUCACACCACCUCCUGGGCAACUCGCUGUCUUUUGCCACUACAGCAGUACCAUCUGUCUAUGAGGAAAGUGUCUUGCAGGUGGUCCUCUCGUCUUCUCUUAUUUUGACUGCACUGCCUGAGAGAUGGGCAGCCCAGAUUCUUAUCUUCGGAAAGACUGGCAGAUGGUCCGUGGCAUCCCCAUGGUCUGCGCGUUCUCCUUUGACUGGGACAGGAUCGACCGUUUCCAGAGCAGGCCGGAUGAUAUCGUGAUAUCCACGUACCCCAAAUCGGGCACCACGUGGAUGAGUGAAAUUGUGGACUUGAUUAGGAACGAUGGCGACCCCGACAAAAGCAAGCGGGCAAUUUUCAAUAAAGUGCCCAUGCUGGAAUUUGCUGCCCCAGGAAAGAUGCCACCAGGCACAGAACAAUUAACUCAGAUGCCAUCUCCUCGCCUGGUGAAGACCCACCUCCCAAUUGACCUCCUUCCCAAGUCCUUCUGGGAAAAUGGCUGCAAGAUGAUCUACGUGGCUCGCAACGCAAAGGAUGUCGCUGUCUCCUUUUACCACUUUGACUUGAUGAACAAGCUGCACCCAGACCCAGGUCCCUGGGACAACUACCUGGAGGAAUUCAUGGCUGGAAGAGUGGCUUUUGGAUCCUGGUAUGACCAUGUGAAAAGCUGGUGGGAUAAGAGGAACGACCAUCCCAUCCUAUACCUGUUCUAUGAAGACAUGAAAGAGGACCCAAAGCGCGAGAUAAAGAAAGUGGUACAUUUCUUGGGAAAGAACCUGGAAGAUUCUGUUGUGGAUAAGAUUGCCUACAACACAUCCUUUGAACUGAUGAAGGACAAUCCUGCCACAAACUAUAGGAUGGCUCCAGCUGCCGUGAUGGACCACAGCAUCUCCCCAUUUAUGCGCAAAGGGAUCGCUGGAGACUGGAAAAAUCACUUUACAGUAGCUCAGAAUGAGGUAUUUGAUGAAGAUUAUAAGAGGAAAAUGGCGGACACAACGCUGCGAUUCCGAACGGAGAUCUGAAGCCCCGUGUUCUGUGCUUCCGUACCGAACCCACCUGUCAUUUGGUAGACAAUUAAAGAGAAGAAGCAAGUUGCUGACAUGGAUGGUUCUGUGAUACAUGUUUGAAAAAAUGUGUAUGUAGUUUCUGGGAAAGUAUUCAGUGCUGACGGACCAGAUCUCAGGAUUUGCACAAGCAAUCUCUCUCUCUCUCUCUCUCUCUCUCUCUCUCUCUCUCUCUCUCUCUCUCACACACACACACACACACACACACACGGAGAUAGACUCUGAUCAUGUACCAAUAAACCUCUCCUAUACCUCA